GGCAGGGCCGGGGGGGGGGCAGGACGCCCGGAGCUCCACGCCGGAAGGGGCUGCACCCGGGUCGGGCUCGGUCCCGGUCCCGCCCGGCUGAGAGCCCCGCACAGACCGUCCCCUGCGCCGGAGUCGCGGGCCGCUGUCGGGCGCUCGGACGCGGUGCGCCGGAGCCGCGGUGCGGAGUCCCCAGCCAGGCAGGGCCGGCUGCGCCCGGGAGCGGCUCCGCCUUCGCCAGCUCGGAGCUGCUUUGGCGCGUUGCCCGACUCAGUCCAGCGUGGGCCCAUGGCGGACGCGCGAGGCUGCUUUCAGCCGGGGUUAAACUGGGGCAACCCCCCAGUAAAGCUGCAUUUAACCGGUUGAACUAGACCAGUCAGAUCAGCUGCCGGCCAACUCCCUCGGGCGAGCCCAGGCCGGAGGCCAGGGGUUUGCUGGUUUUAAAGUACCACCAAGGUUGUAUUUGAAGCUUUCUGAACCUUGCGAUGGCACUUCGGUGGGCGCGGAGACUUCACGGGCCUGGACUCCAAAGGAAAAUGAAAUCUGAGCACACCCGCGGUGAGUCUAGUGCUAAAGAGAAACUCAGGAGGUUGCAGGGCAAUCCUCCAUGCCUGGACCUGGUCUCUAGGUUUGUGAAAGAAAACAAGGGCAAAACCAUUUUAUUUGAGGAGCAGCAAGACUUUCAGCUGCACAUUUGUGGCCUGGAUGGGACGUUCUAUGCAGGGCAGUCAGACAUGCUGGAAGACUGGGAAAUGCUUUACCUGCCGAAGCCCGUGAAGAUGGAGGUUCUUGGCAUCGUGCCUGACGUGCCAUGUCUGGCCACUGGGCAGCAGCUGGUUAUCCUUGUUGCAGACAACGGCAGCAUUUAUGCAUACGAAGAGGAGUUGUUGCACAGAGUUGGCAAGACCUUACAGGAGUUUUUAAUAAAAGGGCUGCAGCUCUUCGGACAGGACGUUUAUCCAUGUGCAAAGGACCUGGAGCCUGAGAGUGAAGAGGAGUGGGUGAAGGACCCAGAGAUCCAGCAGAUCAGGCAGAGCGCCAGAGACUUCAUCGAGAGUAAAGAAGAGGCGAUUGGGAAGCACCUGGAUUUCCUUAGAAGUCUGUGAUAUUUCUAGUCUUGUAGACCAUUCCUGGGGCGAGGUGUGGAGCCCACCUGAGAUAUGGCCCAGCAGCAGAGAUUGCAGAGAACCCGGAGAUUCCCUGAGGGAACCAUGUUUUCAGGGAGAAUAUCUUGGGUUUCCUGAUCAUGGCAAACUUAUGUCCUAUUACAGCAAAACCUGUUCCUGGUUUUCCUGGGCCUGCCAUUGUUUGGCUAGCUGUGGUUUGCAGGACUUUGCUUUUCCAUCAUCAGCCCUGAGCCUCUGUUUCUUGUCUGUCUCCCUCCAGUCCCCUUGUUUCAGAGUCUUGAGCCAUCAUUGCCUUAGAAAACUUCCUUUUCUGAGCAUCAUUUCCAUUUGAGAUUUACGAGCAUGCUACAGUGGAAAGUGGCCAAGCUCAGUUUGUGUGUGAUGUUUGUGUACUGCAAACGAAGAAAUAUGUGGAGUAUUAUAUACUCAUGGAAUCUAGAGCCAUGCACAUUAUUGUGAUGGGGAUAGGAAUACCACCCUGUACCAACAGACACCCUAACAUGAUCUGGACUUUUAUUGACACCCUGAGGGACCUCUGUAUUGCUAUAAACCUUUUGUUCUGAUUAUUAUGGUGAA